AUGGAGAAGAUUUUGCGCUCGCUGACACCAAAAUAUAAUUAUGUGGUUUGCUCAAUCGAAGAGUCAAAAGAUAUAGAUGCACUAUCUCUUGAUGAAUUUCAAAGUUCUUUACUGGUUCAUGAACAAAAGAUGAACAAAGAUUCUACAGUACAGGAGCAAGCAUUGAAGGCUUCUACUAAUACUCAUUCCAAUAACUAUAGAGGAAGGGGUAGAGGUAGAGGCCGAACAAGAGGAAGAGGAGAUCGUGGAGGCAGAGAUUUCAAAGUCAACACUGAUCAAUUUCAAGGCAAAGACAGAGGUCGAAUCAUGACAAAUCCAAGGUAUAAUGCUAUAGAUGUCACAGAUUUGAUCAUUAUGCAUCAGAUUGUUAUACUAGACUGCCUAAAUGAUAAAGAAAAGGAAGAAAAUGUCAACUUUGUCAAAAAUAAGAAAGUAGAAACUUUGUUAAUGGUUGUCCAAGAUGGAAUAAAACAUGAGUCGAAUAUUUGGUUUAUAGAUACCAGAUUUAGUAACCACAUGUGUGGAAGUAAAUUUUCUUUUUCAUCUCUAAAUGAAAAUUUCCAUUCCACUGUGGCAUUUGGUGAUUGUUCUACUAUUGAAGUAAUGGGGAAAGGUGAUAUCAAGAUUAAAACCAAUAAUGAUUUUGUUGAAACAAUCUCUAAUGUGUUGUAUGUUCCGGACUUGAAAAAUAACUUACUUAGUGCUGAUCAGUUGUAA